GGGGCUUGUGCGGUAGCAACGAUACGGGCGGUAGCACAGGGCGCGGGAACAGAGUUUGAAAUAAGGCGGCUGGCUUUUUACGACCUUCGUCAAAAUUUGUUGCAGUCGCUUCUGCAUUUAGCUCGGGGAGUGAAAAAUGGCGGGUCGCACAAUGCAAGCGUCCUGGAUUUUGAGCCUAUGCCUGGUGCUGGCCCAGUCGGCCCGCUGCAUGGCAGAGCCGGGCAGCAGAGCCGGUGUGACAGCCGCGCCCGCGGUCGAAUCGCUGGGUGACACCAACUGGACCCUGAUCCUGACCGGCGAGUGGAUGUUGCAGUUCCAUGCCCCCUGGUGUCCAGCAUGCAAGCAAAUCCAGGCUGACUGGGAAGACCUCGGAAAGUCCUGUGGGGAACUUGGCAUCCACGUGGGAAAGAUAGAUGUCACUCGAGAGCCAGGUUUGAGUGGUCGUUUUUUUGUUACUACUUUGCCAACCAUUUAUCAUGCCAAAGAAGGUGUUUUUCGCAAAUAUCAUGGCGCACGGAUGCUGGAAGACUUCCAAAGUUUCAUUAAGGAGAAGAAGUGGGAAGCUGUGGAAUCGAUCAGUGGGUGGAAAUCUCCAUCUUCCAUUGUGAUGUCUGGGAUGGCAGGUCUUUUCCGGCUCUCUGUAUGGAUUAGACAAAUGCACAACUACCUGACUGAGACACUGGGAAUUCCAGUUUGGGGUUCCUACAUCAUUUUUGCUGUGGCUACUCUCAUGACUGGUCUCAUCCUUGGCCUGAUUUUGGUCUUAAUUGCUGAUUGUAUAUGUCCACAAAAGCGCCAACGUAAGCUCGAACUAGCAGAGGUUAUUGAAGGAGAAAAUGGAGAGAACGAGGCUGAUGAGGAGGACUCUGAUGAAGGGGAGAAGAAGGCUCAAGACGCUCCAGAAUGGCAAGCAAAUGGGUCAGAAGCAGAGGCAGAAGGGGAUGGCUUGAGUGACAAGGCCUGUGGAGAUGAAUCCCCUUUUGAGGAUGAUCUUGAAAACAGUGAACAUGAGGAUGAGUUGGAAGCACCGCCUUCCAGCUGUGAGGUGGACGGUGUGGUCAGGAAGAGGAUACUGAAGGAUGACUCCUAAAUGCUACAAUUUAUAAAUGAAUACCACUUGCCAGAACUUGGACCAAAGAAUUGCGCUUCUGGGGACUUUGUCCCAAAUUUUUUGUUUAAACUUAAAAAAAAAAUUGGCUUGUUUGGAUUCAAUUUUUGUUUUUCAUUUCUGAAUUUAUUGGCUAUGACAAUCUUGAUCAAAUUUAAUAUGCAGGGUAUACCUGUACAGUUUUGUAAUGCUUCUUUUUAAUGGCUUAAUGAAUAUUCCAUGGUUGAUGAGGGCAGCAGCUCUCCAGUAGGUAUGUUUUAGCAGCUGACCACACAGGUGCAAAUGGAGGUUAUCUUUAAAACAAAUUUAACAUGUUAGCGGACAGUAUACAGAGUCAUUGCCCAACCAAUGUUUCCCUGGGCUUCCUGCACACCCUUUUACAGUGCACAUUUUAAUAGGAAUUCUAUCUUUGCAUAGAAGUUGGAAGGUUUAAGCAUCAAAGUAUGUAACUUUGAAUGUAGUGAGUGUGCAGUUUUUGGCACACUACACUUGGAAAUGUGAUUUCAAUAAACCAGUAAAAUUAAAUUAAAACAGGAUUUGCAUUAAAGGAAAUAGACUGGUUGGAACUUUUGGUUCUUGAUGUUGCACUUUUAACUUGAUGAGAGUGAGUUAUGAGACACUCCAGCAUGUGUAUGAACUUGGGCAGUGGAUGGGUUGGUUACUUUCGGCACUUCUGUAAAUUGAAGAACACUCAUACUCCUUGCACUGCAGCAUGUGCAAAGGCAGAGGUAGUUGUCAGUCAUGGUACAAGCUCCCGCCUCCAUUGAUUCAAUAAGUGGGUUAAAGUUUUCUGUUAAAGUGGAAAGAGAUGUAAUUAGUUUGAGCAUUAAUGGCACUCAUGCAGUAACAUUUCUGAUCGUGGGUGCCUUUUAAUUCCUGUUCCUGAUUGGCCGAUAUAUUUUGUGACUGCAGACCACUCCAGAAAUGGAUCUGACCCCAAUUGCCACUGUUUUGAAGUCUGUCCAUUUUAGGUGCACGCACAGUAAUUAGCCUGAGAUUAUGGUGUUUUUUUCUGAAUUUCUGAUCUGGGUGAACCUUCGUCUCCAGAUGCAACGCAGUCAGAGAGACAGUGCAGCUUUAAUUUGGGUUAAAAAGCAUUCCUAUGCUUCCUCCCAUACAGGAAGGAUUCAACUGUCAUAGUACACAGGCACCACGUUUCCUGAUUUACAUACCUUUCCAAAAAUCAAGAUUUGUAAAGAAUGACCAUAAGACAUAAGAGCGGAAUUAGGCCAUUCGGUCCUUCGAGUCUGCUCCACCAUUGGAUCAUGGCUGAUUUAUUUUUCCCUCUCAACCCCAUUCUCCAGCCUUCUCCCCAUAACCUUUGGCGCCCUUACUAAUCAAGAACCUAUCAACCUCCGCUUUAAAUAUACCCAAUGAUUUGGCUUCCACAGCCGUCUGUGGCAAUGAAUUCCACAGAUGACGUACUAGACUGCAUCAUGUUUUCCGCAGAAGCUCUGAUAAAUUUGAAGGACCCUUUGGUGUGUGUGGUUGGAAUUGUAACUUUCAAGGAACAGGGAGCCAUUGAUUUUUGGGAAUAAAAUGUAAUCACAUUGUUCACUUCGAAAUAUUUCAAGCAAUAUAUUAGCAAGUUUGCAUGACCCAUGUGUUUCUGAUGGGUUUAACAAAACUUUUGCUCUUUGUACAUAAUCGGUGGGUAUCCUCCCUCAUUAUAAAAUUGGGCUUGAAGUGCAAAGAUUUGUACUAUUUUUGUAAAGAAUAUUUCUUUCUGGAUUUGUAUUAAGGGGGUACAGAAGGCUGUAUUUUGAAAUUACCUUUUGUAUUUUAUGAGAAUAGUGUCCACGAUGUACCUCUUUUGUAAGAUAAAUGCAGAAGUACCUGCUAUAUUUUGUAUUUAUUGCUUUGCCCAUAGUUUGGCUGACCUUGUUUACAAGUCACAUAGAGGCUUGUGAAAGCUUUCGUGUCUCUACACUGUGACAAUGAGUGCAUCAGUAAAACAAACAAAAAAUGGCUAUUGCACUUAUCCAUCCAACUUGCCUUUUUAUUUUCAGAAGUUUUAUUGUUAUGCUGUGCAGUGUUAACUGAUGAAUAUACUUGAAGCUCAAAGGUGUAGAUGCUUCUGAGACUGUGAAGCCAGACAAAAUGGAGGUGUCAUGGACCAAGUGAUUAAUGGCACAGUCUUUCCACUUGAGCUUUACAAUAUGUUACUAGCUGUACCCGUCAGAAGGCAGAAGGUAUGUAAUCACUUUGGCACAGCACUUUCUGUUUAUUAUUUUUGGAAGGAGAGAUACACUUUUUACAAUGCAGCUGUUAUUUCUAGUGACCCGUUUAUUUCUGUUAAAUGCAAUAAAAGCAUGCCUUUGUACA